AUGAGUUUCCAAUACUCCUCUCCAGAAGCUGAAGAAAAUGAUAUGCAGCCUAUCGAAGACUACUCUCCAGACGCUUAUCAAGACCAUUCUCAGUCUCCUCCUCAGGCGCAGCACUCCUAUUCCCGUCAAAGGCCAGCUUCUGCAUAUGAACCAAAAUAUUCUCGCGAUCAAAAGCCAUCAUCACGUCUUUUCAACAAAGACUCAUAUCUUUCAAAUUCCCAGUACAAUUUGCCAGUUUCUGUUCCUGCGCCAUCAGAAGUUCUUCUCUCAAAAGUUUUUGAUGAAGAACUGUCAGUCCGGUCUCCAUCACAAAAAAAGCGACUUAAGCUUUUACAGCAUAAAAUGAGUAUAUCUCAAAGAGAAGAAUCCCCAGAAUUUUAUACAAAGGGAAAUGUUGAUUUAAUCACAGCCAAAAAAUUCAAAAAUUACCAUGAAGAAGCUGUCCCAUUUGUGGAAAAAGCUGAUAAGUUGCAUAGAAGUAUAGAAAGUUUGAGGAGAUCAAGCGAGUUUAAAGAUUUAGAAAAAUACCCAAUUGAAGAAAAAAUAUUCCUUUUUGUAAAUUUAUAUCCCAAAAUUGAUAUUUUUUAUAUAAAAUUAACACUAUUUUUAUUAUCUCAGAGGCAUAUUAUAUACAUAAAAAUGGUGACGACAGACCAUUCGACCCCCUGGCCCUUUUGUUCAAGACUAGCAGGCAACAGCCCAGUGAGAAGGGGAAGGGCAGAAAAAGGUGGUGAAUCUAUAUGUAUAUCGUGCCUAGGGAGCUAAUCCCUGGGACUUUGAAUUUUUACCUCCGAGAUCAUCAUUGAAAAGGGCAGGACAGCUGAUAUCCCAAAAAUACGAUAACACCUUCGAAUAGAGUUCAAGAGGUGACAUCUGCCUAAUGAGAAACUGGAGUUUCGAGUCAGGUGAUGGACGCAUAGGUUCUAGGAGUCAUGAAAGUCAAGAUCCGUAGUGCGAAUCCCUUGCCUGUGGCGGCAAGAACGGGUGUCUGCCGGGGUCUUCUGGGGCGAUGAGCAUUUAGGGGUGAAAACCCCCGGCCCUAUCUAGGACGAACUGAUUACUUAAUCUUAAUCUCAGAAGUUCACAAUUUCCUUAUAAAAGUAUAGCAAAAUACAGUAGCUGCUUAGAAAACCCUAGCAAAGAAAUAAAAUUAGCAGGGCUGCAAGGGAUUCACGAACUAAUAGAAACAGAAAAUAUCACAAACAACGCUAAAGAAAUCAUUAUCGGCGAAGUUCUAAACGUUUUAAUGAGGUGGGACGAGCACGAGCCAGAUUUCACUGAAUGUGCUCUAGAUAUCAUAGGAAGUUUAGGUCCACAUCCAAUGACCUUAGACCAAAUCCCUUUAUUUGUAUCAAUGGUUGUGCACGAUGAGACCUCAGAAUACAUGAAUAUUCACCAAGCUGCUUUUGCUUGCCUAUGUAGACUUGGAUUCCAUGGUGUCGAUGCUUUAAUAAGACUCGCUUCAAAAGACUACCCACACUUACAAAUUUGGCUGCUUGACAAACUUGCAUUAACUAAUGCUAUACAACGGCAAAUUAUAGUCCCAGCCUUAUCCCAAGAUGCAUUAAGCCCUGAUUCUACCUUAAGAACUCAAGCUGUAGCCGCUUUAAACCGUAUGUAUUCAGUAGUUUGGGAAGGUGGAGCAUUGCCUGUCUUAUUAUUCUAUUUUAAAUAAAUCCUAUUUAAAUUUAGUCUAUUUUUAAAAAACAAUAUUUAUUAUGAAAAUAUAUAACUUUGAUGGAAGAAGGCUCAGUUGAUAGGCAGCUUAUAGCCUGUACCAUUAGGGCAUGUGGGAAUAUCGGAGAACAAACACUGAUAAAAUUGCUGAGACAAAGCGAUGCACCAAAAAUUAGAAUGGCAAGUGCUGCUGCGCUGUGCUGGAGAGUCCCAAUUCGUCCUAGGCAACUUGAAAUUAGAGUAAUUAAUGAUUCAAUUACUUAUGAGCAGCGAACUUUCCCAGGGACUAUCUGCACUUAUACCAUAAUACAUAAAUUUAUAUUUUUUCUAUAUAAAAAUAAUUAAUUAUCAUAGAUAAAAAUUAUGUAUAUAAAGGGCCACUUACCCCAGUAAUAGUCCAAAGCGAAGAAGACGACGCUAUAUUAGAAAUAAACGCCCGUGACUUUUUAGCAUGUCUCCAAAGGUGGAUAAAACGAGAGUCUGAAGAAGAUUUAGGCGAAGUUUUCCCAAAUCUUCCUAUAAUGCCUUGUGUAAGUGAAGCCCAAACUGAGGAGUCUCCUAAUAUUUCAAUAAACGCCAUACAAGCGUUGUGUGGAGGGCUAAAAGACCCAUUUGAGGGCGUCAGAGAAACCUGUACUUAUGCACUAGGGUUUAUUGGGCUGCCUGAAGCAGCGGAUUCUGCGAAUUUUUUAAUAAAACUACUGAAGGAUGCCUCCCCACAGGUGAGGACUAUGGCAGCAUGGGCAUUAGGGAGAUUAGGACCAGCUGCUUAUAGAGCGGGGCCUGGGCUUAUAGAGCUGCUUAAAGAUGGGUAUUGGAAAGUAAGGACAGCUGCAUGUAUAUCAUUAGCCAGUACAGGGCAAAAUAUAGCUCAAAAAGCAAUCCCUGUUUUAUUUAAGAUUUUAAGAGAUGGGUCGAUUAAUAGAGGAACUGUAGCAGAAACUAUAGUCAGACUUGGGCCACAAGGAGAAAGAUUAUUAAUUGAUUUAUUGAACCAUGAGCCAAAUUCUAAUAUCACCCUUAGGACUGGUGCUGUAAAAGCAUUAUUCUUAUUGAUUUUAAUUAAUUCUCAAAACCAGUAAUUUUUUUAUUAUAAAUCAGGUCUUUUAUACCAUUUUUUAUUUUUUUGCUAUAAAAUAGCAUAUCUCAAGCAAAUAUUUACCACAAUAACAUUGAUUUUGUAGUCGAAACUUUAUUCAGGCUAUCUAACGACAGGAUGCCAGCAGUCAGAAAAGAAGUGUUUUUAGCUUUAAACACCCUUUCAGAGCGAGCUAAAAACCAAAUCACUUAUCUAAAGCCAAGAAGCCUGCUGCCUCUGUAUUUCCGAUUCCUUAACGACCCAGCUGUCGAAGUAAAAGAUACAGCUAUGAAAUGUAUAGUCCUUCUCGGCCCACAAGGACAGCUGAUGCUAAUCGAAGCCUUAACCAAAGACCAAAACCCUCAAAUCCGUGCCCAAGCUGCCAAAGGUCUUGGGCUCUUCGGCCCUUCUACCUUCCGCUCUUUGCUUCUCGGCCUUCACGAUUCCCACCCAUUUGUUCGAAAAAUCGUCGCCCAAACAAUUUCUAACAAUUUUACAGCUGAAGCCAUAAGUGAAGAAUUUUGGGAAAAAGUCCCACAAAGGCAAGGCAUCCGCUGCACUAUAAAAGAAAUACUAAAACUGCCUUACCCAGUCCCACAGGCCUGUGGAAAUUUAUUAAAAGAACUUUUGAUGGUUUUAGAGCAAGAAUUUGCAGAAGGCGGCAGAGGGUAUGAAUAUAUGGACUCUCAUCCUGAGCUGCAUAAGCCUUUAGAAGAAGCUGAAGAAGAAGUUUAA